ACUAUCCUUGGAAAUUCUUUAGUGGGUUGUUUUUAUACACACGUGCAAAAAUAUUUUUCGUGGCUUUUUUGUUUCUCAAAAAAUUGUAAAAAAUGAAGGUUGCAAAGAAGAAAAAGGUAUCCAAGAAGAACAAGAGUUCCUGGAGGAAGCACGUGGACAUCACGGAUGUGGAUAAUUUCCUGGAAAGUUCACGUCUUGAGGAAAGAAUAGGGUCUUUUAAGGAUGUUGCCGACUCCCAGCUUUUCCAGGUCGACAAAACUCCCAGCAAGAAAAGCCAAAAGGUAUCGGCUAAGGAAAAACGUCGUCAAAAUGCUGCUCGGCCACUAAAAUGCCUCCAAGCACUGGAGAACACAUCAAAAGUUGGGGAUCCACUGAAAGCCAGGACAAAGAGGAAAAACCUUAAGAAUAUGGUGACCAUGAAGCAUGCUACAAGGAAACCAAAAACAGAAGAAGCAGCACAGAAGGAAAAGCAAGAGAUUGCCUUUGAUCAUGAUCUCUGGAGUUCAGAGGAACCAUCCAUUGGGAAUGAGAAAGUGAAAGAUGAUUUGGACACAAAUUGGCUUUCCAAAAAGGUCGUGGAUCAUCAUCUCCGGAACACGGGCACUGCAAACUUCCGCGUACCAAAGACAGCUCGUCGGAUUACCUCAAAAUUGAAGGCCUUUGAACCACCCCAUCCAGGAAUGAGCUACAAUCCCAAGCGGGAGGAUCAUGUACAACUCUUGGAGGGUGUUGUGAGCACCGAAGAAGAUUUACUGAAGAAAGAGGCACAUCUCAAUCGAGUAACAAAGGAAAUGUUCAGCAAGAUGUCUCCGGAAGAGCGUGAGAAGCAACUUUUGCAGGAAAUGUCUGCUGGUUUGGGAUUUGAUGUGGAGAUUAAACAGGAGGAUGAGAUAAAGAAGGAAUUCUCCGAAGAUGAAAGCUACGCAACGGUAAAUCCUCCCGUGGAACGGAAACCCAAAAGCAAGAAGGCCCUUCGAAAGAAGGCAGAAGAGAUUGAGAAGAAGAAUCUCUUGCGCAAAGCUAAGAUGGACAAGAAGAAGAACAGCGAUAUUGUGCAAAUUGGAAAGCUCAAGCAGUCAAUUGUGAAGAAAGAAAUGAAAUUGGCCAAUAAACGCAACAAGGAGGAUAAGGAGGAAGCUGAGAAGGACUUUAAACCUCGACGAUUGGGUCCACUGGCUUUCAAGGAGGUUGACCUCGAUGUGGCAUACCCUGGGGAGCUAACAGGGAGUCUGAGAACGACCAGAAGUCACGGGAAUAUCCUAAAGGAUCGCUAUGUGAGCCUCGAGAAGCGCAACAUGGUGGCUCCAAGUAAGCGACAAGGUGUCCGGAAGCGUCACAAGGUGAAGUCCUACAUCAAGAAUACCCACAAAGGUGUUCUGGAGAAGCCAAUAAAUGCCUACAAGCCUCGUCAGAGGAAGUAAAGGAUUGCUGGACAUUAUUUUGUUUAAAAUCCCUUAUAAAUAAAGAGAAUAUUAAUGGUUCAA